AUGUCAGCAUUCCAACCAACUCCUGACCAAGACGUGAAUCUCGUUUGCCAUUGGACCAAGCCGGAUUGCCUCCAAAGCUUUUUAUCCGCCGAGGAAUUAUUCAAUCAUCUUUGCGAUAGUCACGUAGGACGCAAGCGAAACGGAAACCUGAGCUUAAGCUGCAGCUGGGAGGGUUGCACCCACAAAGCCGCCAAGCGAGAUCAUAUGACAUCUCACAUGAUGGUACAUUGCCCCUUGCAAACCAACAUAUGUGGGAUCUGCGACAAGACUUUCAAGCGCUCCUAUGAUUUACGGAAGCACGAAGUCACCCAUACGGCUGCGCAUCACGAGCUCCACACCCGGUCCCGGGCUGUUGUUUAUCAAGAGCGUGAAAUACCAUAUGCCAGUGAGAUCAGCGCGGCAGCCAUGAUGAACCGGAUGCGAGUCAACAGCUUGCCUCGUGAUCAGUCUGGGAACUGGACUGGGAGUAACAAUGUCCUAACGGCUGCCCCCGGGCCAGUCCACCGAGAAAGAUCAUUCUCUGUCCCUCGCCACAACCCCUACCAGCGUCCGCAAUCCGAACAGACCUAUCCCUUGUAUCCAACCGCCUGGAAUAACGAGUUCAAGUUUCCCUCAGACCGCCAUCAACGCGCUGAUUCCAUCGCCGAGGACGGCCCUUACAACGUCAAUAUGCCAGGGUUCAACCAAUUCCAGUUUCUGGAACAGUAUCCUCAGCUCUCCGACCCGCCCGCGCCAGACCUUUUCAGCGCGAGUAGUGUGCCACCUUCGACUUCUUCAGGCAGCUCAUCGUCUUCCCAUCAGCCUACCACCAACUACGUCGCGUCUAGCGGGAACUGGUCCGAGAUUUUCUCAUUUGUGGCUGACUCGCGCAGGGAAAGCCAGCCGCACUCCAUCCCCUCGUCCGACGAUUUCUCGGGCUCUGAUGGGCUCUCGGGCGUCUUUGCCGGCGACCAACCUCGCGAAAUCCUUAGGACGAGCUCGUUGCCCUUAUACCCUACUGCGCCCUCUUCAUUCAACUCAUUCGAGAACCUCGGUUAUCGGCACUCUGUGUCGGCUCCAGCAGGGCCCGAAGAGCCGACAGUGAUCCCUGACUUCCAGCUUGGGGACUUCUUCCCUCCCGAACAACCCUACGAGCAGCCCUAUCUGGAAUCUUCGGCAACUCCUUUCCAAGCCUCCCAUGAUGCCUUCGGUCAUGUCCAAAACUACGACUGUAUCGCCGACCUGCACACGCUUUUGAGCCUCGCUGAUCUCUCCGGAUUUUCGCAGACCCCUGCCGUUCAAACCGAGCCCCUCUUGUUGAAUCUUCCCCCGUUCCAAUUUACCUCCGCCCAGCCCCUCUUCUAA